AUGACAGGAAUAUUUACUUAUCGGAACUUCUCCCUGGGAGACAUACCGCCGUUAAAUGGACGGGUGGCUGUAGUGACAGGUGGCCAAGCGGGCAUUGGAAAAGGGUAUAAUAACGAGAAUACAGAGAUCACAACUCAGCUUCUCUUGCACGAGAUAGAGAAAGUAAUCAUCGUUGCCAGAAGUGAAGACAGAUACAUCACUGCUCGUGAGGAAUGGAGGCACCGCAAAGGCCUCUCCCUGGAGAAUGACAGUCGAGCUGAAUUUGUCAAAUGUGAUCUGGGCGAUAUUCAGGAUGUCAAGGCCGCGAUUGAGAAGAUAAAACAAGUCACAGAUCUCAUAUACUGGUUUGCAAUGCAGGUGAUUUCUCUCUCUAUCUCUCCAUCUCGACUGAAUCAUUACAUAUUAACCUACCUCCCUAAAAUGAAGCCAUCAGUGUUCAAACGUUCAUCUCAGAAUAUCGAGCGUGUAUUCGCGACAAACUGCGUCGGACACCAAGUCCUAGCCACAUUACUCCUACCACUGUUGAAGAACAGCGUGACGCCUAGCAACGACUGCCAGAAGCUCGAUCUGGAUCUUCUAUUCUCAUCGUCACGCGUCAAGUGGUCCGCCUUGUACGAUGGAGUAUGGCGGUAUGGCCGAUCAAAGUUGGGUAAUAUCCUCUUUGCCAAAGAGCUCAGUCGGCGACUUCAGGAGGAUCAAGAUCCAGCGAGCAAGCAGAUCUAUGUCAAUUCGUUCUUUCCGGGCAAUAUCGUCACUGAUCAAUGGCUCGGGUGGGAGUUUUAUUUUGGGAGAUUCCUGGGUUGGCUUAUAAGAACGGCAGGAUCGUGGCUGGGUCAAAGUCUGGAGGAUGGUGCUGCCACGAGCUUAUAUCUUGCGACUAGUCGAGAGGUGCAGGAGCAAAAUCAUCGCGGUCGGUAUUUUAUACCUAUCGCCACGCAGUGUGAGCCCAGCGCGAUAUCUGGAAAUAUGAAGCUUGCUCGAGAUUUGUGGGUGAGUGCUAUGUUUUCUUCACGCCGUUAUAUUAUAUCAUUGACCAUACAGGAUUGGAUUGAUGCCCAAGCUACCGAGACACUAGGAUUAGAUUGGCAAUAUCAAUAG